UUCAAUCGCCACAUGGCAUCAAGUGAGUGCGUUGUUGACGUUGUGCGUGCGAGGGUCCACCAUUACUUCGCCCAGUCACAGCUCCUCCGACUCGUGAAAUGCUACGUGUUCGACUGGGUCAAAGUGCGCAUUGGUCAUUACUACUGCCAGUACUGUACAAGUCAUGCAAGUAAGUUAGUUCUCCUCUGCAAGUUACCUCGAUGAUUUCAACAACAACUGCCUCACGCCCGCGUUCAGUCAUCGUUUCAAGAGUUACGGAAACUUUCCCUGACGGAGCGAAGAAGCAAGUGAGUAGAACUUCCACUCGAUGAUCUACAGACUACAGUCCGUCUUCUCCUCGCCUCAGAUCACAUCGCAGAUGGCGUGUGUUUCUGUUUGUGUGUAUGUUUCAUCAAGCACCAGGAAGGAAGGGUUUUGUGAAGGUACGCGACGUGUCGAAAAACUCCCGGCGGAACGCUUCGGGCAUUUGUGCUAAAAAGUAUUCUAUCAUUGCCCGACUUUCUGGGAUAUAGCCGCUGGCUUGCAUUCGCAGCCAGGACUGUCAGGAGCGGUAUUAGUACUAUUACAGCUUAGUACACCUUCUACCCUACAAUGGACAACAACGCUGUACCUCCACCGCUUCCUCCCCGCGGAUCUACGCGAACAUCUGGUCCCAAACCUGAGGCCCCGACGACUUCACAACCUCCUGAUGUUUCCAGAACUACCAAACCUCCUGCAACGUGCGGAAAUCCUGAUCCAGCACCAAAUGGAACGUUGCCAUGCAAUGGAGAAAAACAUUUACCGAACGGUGAACAGCAACGUGAUCAUCGUCACCUAGCGCAGGGCGUGCGUUCAAUGUCCAGUCCUGCAGUGACCACACCGGGAUCUGGUGCCACCUCUCUGCACGCCUUUGGCUGGUACUGGGGACCUGCAGAAAAAGAGGUUGUGAAGGAGGCGAUGGCUGGCAUGCCUGAUGGUGCGUUCAUGGUCCGUGAUGCGUCUCAGACGCCCGGUGAAUACACGUUGACGGUCAAGAAGGAUGGUUUAAACAAACUGGUCAGGAUUUAUCACGAGAAGGGCAUGUAUGGCUUCAGCAAGCCCUGUACGUACGAUUCCGUGGCAGCACUCAUCUUGUUUUACACGGCUCACUCAAUGAGCGAGUACAACCAUUCAAUGGAUGUGAGGCUGGAAAAGCCAGUCUUCAAACCAUCGGAUACACCAGUACGAACAAUGCCUCGCAGUGGCCGAGCGCAAGCCAAAAAGUCUUUAUCACUGGAUGACCAAGUUUCACCCAGACCAGGCUCAGGGCCUACGUUCAAAAGAGCUGGCACCCCAGAAGUCGUAAUGGCUGAUUGGUAUUGGGGUUCCAUUACAAAAGCGGAAGUCAUGGAGAGGAUGGCUGACACUGCGGAUGGUUCUUUCCUGGUGCGCGACUCAACGAACAACCCAGGGGAAUAUACGCUCACUGUGAAGACGGGCGGAAUGAAUCGGCUAGUGAGAAUAUUCAACGACGGAAACAGGUUUGGAUUCAGUGACCCGUGUGAAUUUGACUCGGUCAGCUCACUGGUUGACUAUUUCAAAACCCAUUCGCUGGAAGAAUAUAAUAGCACGAUGCGAGUCAGACUGCUGCAUCCUGUCAGACAUUCAGAGGCUGACACUGAACUUCGGGAUACGAACGAAAGUCUCAAGCAACUACAGCAUAUCAAUAGCAUGCUCAACAGCCUUGAGAAGCAGUUUGACAAGAGGAGCGAGGAUCUUGAACUCCUCAAAAUGAACCAAGAUGAUCUAAGUCGUGAAGUGAAAUGCAAGGAGGCCAUAAUUCAAGUCGUCGACCGGCAACUCGGGGCGUUGGCGGCCACCAUGAAACAACGCGUGUCUUCAUCCAAAGAAGUGAAGGAUCACGUUGAAACCACCAAGAUGGAAUUGGAGCAGAUGUGUGAACGAAUGCACAGAGAAUUUGAUGCCAAAGUGCAGGAGUGCCUGGAAUCUCUAAGCGACGUGCAGCACACUCUUGCCACUGUGGCUAAUAUGAGGCUGUCCAAGAAUGAGGUGGAGAAAGAACAGAGAAACCUCAUCAGCUCUCUGGUAUAUCAUCAUGGUAUAAGUCAGUGUGAUCCAAGACUGCAGCGCCAAUACGUCGCAACACCACAAGCAGAAGCCACAGAUCGUCAGGCAAAAUUACUGGAGCGAAAAGCUAUCCCGAUGCUUGACACCCUCUAGGUAUCAUCAUGACUGCAACGGAGGAGACAAACCAACGAGACUGAGCCGCCGUGUAUGUGACCCUAACUGUCUUCAUGAGUUGAUGCAACUGGCCACUUUCAGUCGUCUUGACCACUGAUAUACUUCGAUGAAACGGAUAUGAUCAUUCACUGAUGGGCCUUGCAUACCAGGACAAAGCCCCUUAAUGAUGUAAUGCAACUGGAUGUGACUAAAUGCAACUGUAUUCACUAGUUCAUUCUAGCAUACUCAAUCACCAGGUCUUUCAAGAUUAAAUUGUUUUAGUGGUUCAGUACGAAAAGAGCUGGAUUGAGUCCAUUCAGUGAGGAAUAGACUAAAUGCAAUGGCAGAGUGUUGUGCUGAUGAAGCGAUGGUGACUCAUGGGUCACAUAAUUAUAUGUGACUGCUUGAUGAAUACUUCCAUUCGAAUUUCUUAUGCCGAGGUGGCCCCAGGAUUAUACUUUGCCAUAGGUUAAAAUUGCUCAUUUGGAGAAGUAACGUUUCUCCUCCGCCUCCUUUGGGAGAGUGAGCAGGUUAAUCAAAUGGAGUGAGGAAGAGAAUAGAGCGAGGGAUGGGAGCUCAUUGACGGUCAGUGUGGAGUCGCGACUUGCAGCUGUUCGGCUCAGGUUGGUCACCCGGAGCUCCGUCAACGCGGGCAUAGAGAUGAAGCGAGUGUGUGACCAAGGUUACGCUGACUGUUUGGCAGCGGCUAGCCGAGAUCCACGACAUGUACGGCCUCAGGAUCAGAACUGCCACCACAACACCGGCAACGCAACAGCUGCAGAACGUUGGAGUGUUUGAGUCUGCCUUGUUCGUCAGUUUGCCAUUAUGUCAUGCAAGUACUGUUUCUGAUGAACUUUUGGAAAAUGUCAUGUGCCCAAUGCUUCCCUUUUGUUGUGUAGAUUUCGACUUCGUAGUUCUUGGCUGUAGUCUAGUCUAUCAGUAGAAUUGUACAAUAAUUAUGUUUAACCGUAUUAUGUCCGCUGCUUUUUGUCAACCAGCUGUACAUGUAUCAUACUCAGCAGUUUUCGUAUAUUUAUUAAAUUUUGUUGAAGGAAAUACUUCAAAGCACUAGUAGCUGACGGUUCGUGUGUGUUUACCGUAGGACUGUUUUGCUAUACACUUUUCUUUGUUGCCUAUUCUGCAGUUCCAUGCGUAUUAGCAUCGCAUUGUCGGACCCCGCUCGUUCCUCAUUCUUUAUUCGAUUUGGCCGAAGCGAAGACUCAGUAGCAAAGCUUGCUUGGCAAUGUCAAUGCGAAAAGGCUGAGUGAUAGUAAUACACAAAGGCACACAAUGAAAAC